CUUUAAAGAGCAGAAGUGGUGCUGAUGCUGCGCCGUCAAACAGCAGCAGAGAGACGAGACAAAGCACACAGACACACAGAUAUCACACCGAAGAGCGGAGGUUCAGUGCAGACUCACCCUCAGAGACAAAACAAUGACUCUCACAGCUUACAGAGAGAAGAUGAAGGAGCUCCCCCUGGUGGCCUACUUCUGCUCCUGCAUCCUUGCAGAGUCUAAAGAGAAAACCACCAAAAAAACCCACCAAGGUGUGGUGGAUCUGAACUUGUGCCUUAUCAAAGACAUGGAGGUAAUCGAGCUGAACAAGCGUUCCUCGGGUCAAGCCUUCGAGGUCAUCCUGAGGCCGCCAUCAUUUGACGGCCAGAGAGAGUUUAAUCCCACCAUCCCUCCCCGCAGAGACCCCUCGCUGGAGGAGAUCCAGAAAAAGCUGGACGCAGCAGAGGAGAGGAGGAAGGGUCAGGAGGCCGAACUUCUGAAACAUUUGGCUGAAAAGCGAGAGCACGAGCGUGAAGUGGCUCAGAAAGCCGCAGUGGAACACAACAACUUCAUCAAAAUGGCCAAAGAGAAGCUGGAGCAGAGGAUGGAGAUCAACAAGGAGAACAGAGAAGCUUACAUCGCUGCCAUGCUCGAGCGUCUGCAGGAGAAGGAGAAGCACGCUGAGGAGGUGCCUUGAGGUCUUCUGAACAUUUUUGGAUCCUGAUCUGACCAAAGGACUGAAUACGAUAAAGCCGUGAGCUUUAUUAGCUUUUUGGGGAAAACAAACAAUCACAAAAAAAAAGCGAAAAUCACAGAACGUUUGUGACGUUGUUACUACGGUUACGAUGGCUUUUGAGCGGCCGUUUUUUUGCGAGACGAGACACAGAGUGACUGGUUUUCCAGCAGAGUCGGACACAGGAGCAGCGCUAAUUUAAUACGAGGAGCCAACUGUGCCAAAACUGAGUGUGUGUGUGUGUGUUUUUGGACAUUCUUGUGCCUGUUUUGUUAAAACGAGACCUCGAAUCCUCUUGUUUGCUGUGAAUAUGUUCCAAUGCCUCCAUGAUCAGCUGGUUUCUGAUUUGGCUGUUCGAUUUUGCUGUACAGAAAUUGUAAUAUAUUUUAGAUGCGAAGGGCAUUAAAGAACUGCUGUGUGCUA